AGAUAUUGAAUUUUGAUUUGAUUAGUUUACAAAGUUGGUAUCAAUAUUCUCACCUCAUUCUCCCUGCAAUCUCGUAGGCCUCCUCCGCCACCGUCAAUUAUUUCAGAUUACUUUUCCCGCAAUUCGUCGAAUUCGAUUCUUCUUCAUAUUUUCCUCUGAAUUUGUUUGGCGCCAGUGUUGGUGUUUCGGUAAACCCUAACCCUCUCCCUGUGACUGAAAAAACAGAAGCAGAAGCAAAAGAAGAGGGAGAAGAGAGAAGAUGGGAGAGAGGAAGGUGUUGAACAAGUACUACCCACCGGACUUCGAUCCGGCGAAGCUUCCGAGGGCUCGGAGGCCGAAGAACCAGCAGAUCAAGGUCCGCAUGAUGCUUCCCAUGAGCAUCAGAUGCAACACUUGCGGCAAUUACAUCUACAAGGGCACCAAGUUCAACUCCCGCAAGGAAGAUGUCAUUGGCGAGACAUAUUUGGGGAUUCAAAUUUUUAGGUUCUACUUUAAGUGCACUAAGUGCUCGGCGGAACUUACUAUGAAAACUGAUCCUCAGAACUCAGAUUAUGUGGUUGAAUCUGGUGCGACCAGGAAUUUUGAACCUUGGCGUGCUGAGGACGAGGAAGCUGAUGGCCUGAAACGGAAGAGGGAAUCUGAGGAGAUGGGAGAUGCAAUGAAGUCUUUGGAGAAUAGAACCCUAGAUUCUAAAAGAGAGAUGGACAUCCUUGCCGCAUUGGAUGAGAUGAAGUCAAUGAAGUCUAGGCAUGCGACUGUCACUGUUGAUGAAAUGCUGGCGGCCUUGCAACGUACAUCAGAUGAUAAGGAAAAAAGACUGGAAGAAGAAGAUGAAGCAUUAAUAAAAUCAGUUGUCUUCCAUAAUUCAAAUGAUUAUGUUAGAAGAGUUCGUGAUGAAGAUAUUGAAGAGGAAGAAGAGGUGGCUCAGCUUUCAAAUGGGCAUGUUGGAACUUCCAGUUCUAGUCCAAAGAGACAAAAGCCUUCCAAAGAACCUCCUGGCAAAGCAACCGACGCGCUAACAAAAGUUAGUUUGGAUGAAUCUGGCAAACAAGGAAAUUCCCAUGGUGGCAGUGCAAAGCCUAAUCCUUUGGUGAGGAUUUCCGUUAUUAAGAAACCAGUGGCUUCAGAUCCAAAAGGUGCCGCAGAACCAGAGCAAAAGAAAACUGUGGAUAGCAAUGCAAAUUCUGCUGGGGGACUACAAUCCUUGUGUCAAAGCUAUGGAAGUGAUGGUGAUGAUUCGGAUCAGUAGUUAUUAAUAUUGCUGCUCUAUUUCAUUUUGAGAUUGCUCCCAUAAGAUUGUAAAUUGAAUAUGUGAUGGGAAUGGGUGUGCAAUUGCUCCCAUAACAUGCAUUUUUGUUGUGGAAUAGAAAUACAUGGUUUUAGCUUUUAAAGCUUUUGCCAAAAUGUUAUUGCUUGGUAAAAUCAAUGUAGCAGGAAAAAAAGGGGGGAGGAAAAAAAAUGAGCAUGACUUUGUUUUUAGUAUGAAAAUGGCCUAUAGAAGCUUAUUAUGAAUUCCAUUUUAUGAAU